GAUUUGUUUUAAUCAGAUAAGUACCGAUCAUACGUUUGACGUGCCCAAGUGGACGCAGUGGUGGAGGACACACAGGAGACCGGGGCCAUCUCUGGAGUCUCUCUGGGCCUACCUUUUGUGGAGGGGAGAGCACAGAUGCAGACCAAGGCCAGACUCACUUCAAGUUGAGAAAUGGGACAAAUGGGACAGAUAAAAUCUACAUCACCCACCAAGAUCCUGUCUGAAACCUUAUUUAAUUCCUACUAGUUAGCAAAUGCCUUUAGCUCAUCAUUGAUUGCUCACAAAAGGAGCAAAUCCAGAAGAAUGUGUAUGCCCAGUAUACAGGCUAACUUCAUGCCGAUCUCAACAUUCUAAUGCUCACCAGGCUCAGUUACUGAGCAUUUUCACCACGCCAAUCUGAUAAGGUUUAUAAUGUACAGACUUAUUGGUAUUUAAAUCUCAUAAAAUCCCUAUGAGGCAGGAAUGCUAUAAUCCCCAUUUUACAGAUGAUAAGCCUGAGUCACUGAUAUAACUUGUUACCAGGUAUUCAGUCAGGACUGGGAUUUGGACCUAUGCAGGCUGAUUCCACAGUGGACUCUUAACCAUUACUACAUAUUUUUUUUUUUUUUUUUUGAGAUGUAGUUUCACUCUUGUUGCCCAGGCUGGAGUGCAAUGGGAGGAUCUCAGCUCACCGCAAACUCUGCCUCCCAGGUUCAAGCAAUUCUGCUGCCUCAGCCUCCCAAGUAGCUGGAAUUACAGGCAUGCACCACCACGCCCGGCUAAUUUUGUAUUUUUAGUAGAGACAGGGUUUCUCCAUGUUGAGGCUGGUCUCGAACUCCUGACCUCAGGUGAUCCUCCUGCCUCAGCCUCCCAAAGCGCUGGGAUUACAGGCGUGAGCCACCGUGCCCGGCCAUUACUACAUAUUCUUAACCAUCCAAGAUAAGAAAUGAUAAAAGUUGUACAUAAGGGAGGCAGACAAUUUGUUUUGGAGUAUUCUGAUGAGUGGUAUAGCUAUGUCACAGCAGAUUGGGGUGACAUUUGAGGAUCAUGCAGAGGCCUUGAGCCACCCAGCAUCUCUGCAGUUCUCCUUUCCCAAGUAUAUUAUCUGCCCGCUGCUUGCUGGUUUCCAUCUUCAUUUAUUCAGUUGAGCCACAAAUAAUUGUAUGCCUAUUACAUACCAGGUUUCUGUAUUAUGUACAGGAAAUGAGAAGAUAAAUAAGAGACAGCCUCUUCCAUAUUUAUGGCAUACACUGCCCUCAUUUUAGUUUCUUCCUCCUGUUCAUAAUUUCAUUCUAUUUUUGCAUCAGUUCAAACUGUUGCUUGCUUAUGUGAGGUGACCUCAAAGUGACUUUUUGAAAGUCCUGACCCUUUGCCUUUCAACAUCAUUUAAGAACAGCAAUAGCAUCUGGAUCUUCUCAGUAAAAUGCCUUUUCAACAGCUCAAAGCAAGGCUUGUUUUUGUUUUAAUUUGGGAAUGUUUCAAGUGAAACUUAGUUCCAUCAUUUAAUUCCUGACAGCCCAAUAACGAGGGAGCAAUAACUCCCUUAUCUGUGGGCUGUCUAAUGACUAUAUAGUACCAUCCUGGGAGCAAUAGACUAAGGCCUUCUUCCAGAUGCCAUGUUUUAAGGCUUUCAGCUGGAAAGACCGUCACUCCGUAAAAUUUAUUUUGAUUAUUUUAAGUCAGGAUUUGGCCUUCUUAUUCAGAAACAAAAAGAAAAAAACUGGCCCCUGGCUUUCUGCCUCCUGCACUUCUGGCUCUAGGCCAUACGAUCAUCUAAUUUCUAGUUUUUCAGGCAGACAGAGAAAGUUAGAAACUGGCAACCGUGGCCUCAACAGCAGAUAAGCACAUCAAGUCUGUGACAGGAAUUAAGAAGACUGCUAUAGAAUUUUUUUUUAAGUCACCUCCUGUUUCACAAAGCAUAGCUGUCUCUUCCUUUUCGUCCUCCUUGCCCGUUCUCUUUGAGAAGUCCAGGUCCAAGAGGCACCAGACACUCAAUUGACUAGGGUUUUGCUGCCUAUAGGUAAUUAUGCUAAAAGUCUGGAGUAGUAGAUCUUAUGCUCGCAUAAUUAUGCAUUCCAGAGCAGAAGGUUUUUGCUGGAAAGCUUCACUGUUAGAUAUGAUUUGCAUUUUUUACUAGAUACUUGUCUUUGGUCUUUGAGGACAAACCUAUCAAGGAUUCCUUUGUACAUCAACAGAAAAGCGAAACACAAAACAGCCUAUAUGUGAGCAUGGGGCCGUAUUUUAAUACAAGAAAGACACUGCUCUAGAACAUGGCUCGCCUUUGCUUCAGGGCCUAACAGUUUAUUUUAGCCAUAAGGGUAAGGGAGCAGGUCAGAAAUGACUUUUAGUGUAAUCCUAUCUGUAAUUAAAAAUACAAAUGCUGUCAUAAGAUCAAAUGUUAUCAAAAAUCAGUAUUUAAAAUUAAAUUUACCCCCAAAUUUCUUUCAAAAAAAAUUUGUAAUGUUCUUUUUCAGUAAAGCCUUUGCACUGCUAGAGCUGAAGAAUGUGAUCAAUCGGCUUGUUGAAUAAUCCUGCACAGUAGGUAUUCCGCUGAAGCCAACUCUAGCUGGGGGCUCGCGAGCGAAAGACACAGAUAGGGCCCUGCCGCCCCUCGAAGAGUCGGAUGGGCGCGCCCGUCCCCGGUGCAUCAAGAGGCUGGCCCGGCCAGGGGCGAGCGGCUGGCACCGAAUCCCGCGCACCUCGCCGCAGGCGGGGCUGGGCCGUCGUCGGCUCGAUUUAAGGCUGGUAUCCAAGGCUGCGGCCGGUCAGGCGAGGCGAGACGAGGCGACGUGAGCGAGGGUGCUUAGGGAGAACAGCCGCUGGCAGCUCAAUGCUGGGUGGCUAACGCGCUACGGUGCCCGGCAGCAACCCAGCCGACAACCCGACCCGGAUCCCAAGCUGCGUCGCGGACAAUGCCGCGAGCCCGUCCCGGACUACGACUCCCGGCAGACUCUGCGACCGCUCCGGGGCGGCCCAGCGUCCACGGCGCCGGCCAGUUUGACAGCCGGGCGCCCUACUCGGCUAGCUCUGCUCCCAGCCAGGGACGCUGGCCUUCUCGCGGCUUUCCACCGAUGUCUCUCUUUAUUCCAGCUGCCUGAAACUCGGCCCCACGAAUGGCAGGCAGCGUCCAAAAUUCAACCCCGUAGAGCCAGCACCAGCCAAUAAAGCGCACGGUUGGGGGCCACGUGACAGCAGUGGGCCGGCCCUCCGUCUGAGCCCUGAUCUCUAUGGUUUCCGCGGCUCGCUAGAGGGAGUAUGGUCCACUGGAGGACUCCCUACAUUCUUCCUCCAUUACCUCACUGCCUCCGGUGGCUGCUGGGAUACCGGAGGACUCGGGUCCCGGCUCGACUCAGUCCUCCAGCCGCCCGGGGAAUACCUCUAGUUCUUCCCGGCCGCCGCCGCCACCGCCCCGCCGCUUCCUCCUCCGCCCGCCGGCCUCCUUCGCCCCGCCCCGUCCGCGCAGCGCGUCCGGCCCGCCCGCAGGCCAGCUUCUCUCGGGAGCCCCCACCCAGGCGCAUGGCUCCAUGAAGCAAGAAGAGGAGGCAGAGCGCGAGAGGUCCCGUCCGCCCCAGCCGCGUCUGGGCCAGGAGGAAAGGUACAGGAAGAAGGAAUGGAAUCGGAAGGAAGAAAAUUCAUUCCAGAGACAAAAUAGCUCCCCUCCUCUGUUGUAGCUGUUCCUCUGGCAAUACGAACUUUCUGCUUUCAGGUUCUGCAGCAUUCCAGACCUCGAGCACUAAAUCAGGAUGGGAAAAAGACGUUGUGUUCCUCCACUCGAGCCCAAGUUGGCAGCAGGUUGUUGUGGGGUCAAGAAGCCCAAAUUAUCUGGAAGUGGAACGCACAGUCACGGGAAUCAGUCCACAACUGUCCCUGGCUCUAGUUCAGGACCUCUUCAAAACCACCAGCAUGUGGACAGCAGCAGUGGACGGGAGAAUGUGUCAGACUUAACUCUGGGACCUGGAAACUCUCCCAUCACACGAAUGAAUCCCGCAUCGGGAGCGCUGAGCCCUCUUCCCCGGCCUAAUGGAACUGCCAACACCACUAAGAAUCUGGUGGUGACUGCAGAGAUGUGCUGCUACUGCUUCGACGUACUCUACUGCCACCUCUAUGGCUUCCCACAGCCGCGACUUCCUAGAUUCACCAAUGACCCCUAUCCGCUCUUUGUGACGUGGAAGACAGGGCGGGACAAGCGGCUUCGUGGCUGCAUUGGGACCUUCUCAGCCAUGAAUCUUCAUUCAGGACUCAGGGAAUACACGUUAACCAGUGCACUUAAGGACAGCCGAUUUCCCCCCCUGACCCGAGAGGAGCUGCCUAAACUUUUCUGCUCUGUCUCCCUCCUUACUAACUUUGAGGAUGCCAGUGAUUACCUGGACUGGGAGGUAGGGGUCCAUGGGAUUCGAAUUGAAUUCAUUAAUGAAAAAGGUGUCAAACGCACAGCCACAUAUUUACCUGAGGUUGCUAAGGAACAAGAUAAUUAUACUGGGGUAACAUCUGACAGGAAGGACGCAGGAGCAGGGAGCCUGGGGACAGCCAUUAUGGCAUGUGUCGGGCUAUCAUCUCAUGUCUCAGAGUCUCCACGGGACUGGCAGACAGACUGGGCGCCAGACUGGGAUCAGAUCCAGACAAUAGACUCCUUGCUCAGGAAAGGUGGCUUUAAAGCUCCAAUUACCAGUGAAUUCAGAAAAACCAUCAAACUCACCAGGUACCGAAGUGAGAAGGUGACAAUCAGUUACGCAGAGUAUAUUGCUUCCCGACAGCACUGUUUCCAGAACGGCACUCUUCAUGCCCCGCCCCUCUACAAUCAUUACUCCUGACACACGGCUGCAUGACCAGUCCCACCCCCCCGUGGCCACCAAUGGCUAUGACAUCAUUGGAGCAGAUGCCUCCUCUUCCUGGUCCAGUUACUUCUAUUACUGCACCAUUUUAUGAUGCUAGCUUCCGUUGCCAAGUCUGCCUCCCGCUGACUGAGGGAGGGUAGGGUUACCUUGAAUGAAACAGAACUUGAGGGGCCCAAGCCUUAUCUCAGCCUUUCCUCAAUAUGGGGUUCCGUUGGAUUGGGGCUCCUCCAUGACUAGUGGGAAUUACUGUGGGUUCAGAAGACCCUUGUCUGGUAUUUGCCACAUGGGUGUUGGCCACACGCUGGAAGCUGAAAUUGAUGAUCCCUGAAGGUUGAACCCACACACACCCCUGCAGCCUCCCCAGAUGAAGUAGGUGUAUUCCCCUGGCAGUCUGGGCAACGGAGACCAAGAAACAUUUUUAGGUUGUUUUAAAUUACUUUUUUUAAACUUCCAGUUUAUUGCGUACCAAGAGUUGAUUACAACCUCCAUGCUUCAUAAGCGGACGCCACGUUAGGGUUGGACGUGGGCACCACGAGUCCUUCGAGGCUCCUGGACAGAGACCCACAUCAAGAUCGGAAGCCCUUUGGGUGGCGUUGCAGAUCUCAUUGCUCAGUAGGCCAUGAAGAUUUUCAUCCUCAUCCCACUCUCAGUUGGAUUUUCUGGCACUCUUCUGCAUUGAGUCUCCUGAUUACUGAACAGAGCUCCGUCGUGUAGCCUGCUGAGGGAUGGAAUGGAGAUGCCCACAGGAGGUCCUGAUGUCAUCACUGCACGCAGGUGUGAGAGGAGAGACCUCUUCUGCACCGCCCGGCUACCUCACUCCUCUGCUGGUAGCAGUGCCUAUAGCUGGACCUAGUAGGUUCUCAGAAGCGUAGAUGUGCAAACAAGCGAUUGAGUUGGGCUUUAGGAGGACACAUCAUAGGAGAGAAUCCAGGGUCUGUAAGCUGGUUUUCUUUUCAGGUGACAUCCUGAGGGGCCUGUAAGCAGGGGAGCUCCUUUUUCUAGUUUGCCUGUAGAAGUGGGAAGACUUGUUGGUGUUUCUGUCCUUUACAGGACAUUAGGAAACAGUUGUGUAAUUACACAAGGUGGAUCUUUAUCUUGCCUGACAUGCUGGGAAUCUUCACCCCACCAGGGCAAAUUUCCAAAAAGCUCAUUUUAUUCUAGGUCUUUCAAACUUUCAUGUGACAUAUUUCCCUUUCCCAUUGUUGCUGACUUCCAAAUCGCUGUCAGCAAUUUUUUCCUCUCUCCUUGCCUAUUCUUCACUCAUUUGGUGGCAAAGUUCAUAGAACUAGGGGACUUGGAAGAUGCUUUGAAAAUAUUGUUACAAAGGCACUGCUAAAAUGAUUCACAGGGAGAGUGGCCAGUUGGAAGAAGGAUCCUAAGGAUGUGACACUGGUUUUCAACAACAUGCUUAGAGAACUCUUGAAGUGGAUUGGGUGUCAACCCAGUGAACAUAAUGUUUUUAUUUAAUUUAUUUUUUGAAGUUUAUGUGGUGAUGGUGUGGCUUUCCGAAAUGGGCAAAUAUUCAAGAGAUCUUUUGCAUUUUCUUCUGCCAGGAAGGGGGAAGGGGAGCGGGGGCACAAUCUGAGAAAGGACACCUGUGCUGUUCUAGGCAUCGCUGGCAAGUUUGUGGGAAGGGAUGGGCAAGGGUGAGUGGGUUUGCUCCACACCGUCCUGUGCUGCUCGAGAGGACCUGGGACGUGCGAGGGAAACGUGGGUGACGGUGCCUAGGCUGCGGCCCUUCACUGCUGUGCUGGGUUCCUGCAGCCUGCUAUGUUUCCCUUGGCAAUGUAAAUGAAGAUGGAGGGGUCGUUUCAUGAUUUCCUGCUGCUGAGAAUAAAUGUCUUGUUAAAAACAUGUGGCAACGGUUACUCUUAGGUGCCAUGGAUCGAUGUCAGGGUGGUCAGCUCUGGACUAAGCCACCCACCAAUUUGUACAACAGUAUUGAUACAUAGGGCUACACUCAUUACUGUUCAAGUGUUCUAUGUUAAAAGUUGUGUUUAAUUUCUAAAGAUUAAAAAAAGCAAAAAAAUUGGUGCUAAACCUUCACCCCUGAGCACGCUCAGUGAGACUGGUCAUGCAAGCAUUUACAGUGCCAUGCUCCUCAAGCCGAUUUUUUCUUGUAGAAAUGUUGCCCUAUUUGUCUUCUCCAAUGUAUGGUAUGUUAUUUUAUUUUAUUAUUUUAUUUUAUUUUAUUUUAUUGAGGGGGAGGUAGGAUACCUGCCAUUUAAGAAAAUGAAUAGAAAAUUUUAAAACCCGAGAAAUGGGGAAAAAAAAAAAAAUCAGUGCACAAGAAUUGGGCUGGUUAGGCCCAGCACCACACUGAAGUGGGCUCAGUGGUUUUUGGAGUGAAGAAGCCUUACUCCCUGCACAUUCCCUCAUGCUCCCACACAAGUCCAGCAAUGGAAAUGCUUGGGUUCCUCUUGCUUUGUCGGGACUCAGGAGUCGACCAAGGGAAACCAUUUGGCCCCAUGAGGAAUGGGCAUUGUCAGUAUCCGUCCUGAACGGGGCCUAGUCAGGAAGCGGUCUAGAAGUAUACGGUCAUGGUCACCUCAUGAAAGUGUGUAGCAGGUGGCUCUCAGGAAAAAUACCAAGUCUGGAUCAUCCACGUGGCAGCUUUGCAUAGGGAGAGGACAGCUCCGAACUGGAACUGAGCUGCCUUCUCUGCACGCUUGACCAAAGCAGUGAUGAGGGCAGCCAGUACCUGCGGUGUGCGUGGUAGGUUUAAAGAAAAGGGAAUGUUUUCUGCUGAGUGUUUCCUUUGUCCUUGGGCUGCUCGAGCUGGACAGUAGGUAACCACUGUUUUCAAGGACCAGCCCAACUUCUCUGGCUUGGUUCGGAGUUCGUUUCAUCCCUAGCUGUGAGUGCCUUUUGGUCUGGAAAGUUGGCUUGUCUCAUAAUACCCACAGCUAGGACAUUCUCUCUGUAAUUAUGAAUUGUCCUUGUUUUACAUUAAAAGAGAAUGUCUUUGAUCACUAGAGUUUGUUGGUGUUGGAUUAUUUCCACUGUGAGAUUCUUAAAACUUUUUUGCUUCAUAAUAAUAAAACAACUCAUGUUAGAGACCCUUUCAACAUGAAAGGUUUGUAGUUGAGACAUUACAUAUAUUUUAUUGUUUAUAAUAAAAAUCAUCUAUACAAAAGAAGUCCUGAGUGUUAAUAUUUUGCACAAGAUCUGUUUUCCAUGAUGUGUUGACAUCUACAAUUUCACUAACUGUUGAUGUUAUUUUCUAUUGAGAUUCUGGAGCCUAGGGAGCUAUGUGUUCUUUUUGUUCAUUUCGUUCUUACUUCCCUGAAGCAAGAGACUAUAUGGCCUUCAGUGCAAAGACUUCAGACCAAUUCUUUGUAUUACACUUGGUUGCCUCUUGGCUAUAUAACUUCUGAGUGCAAAUCAUUGAACACUUUAACGAAGUAUUGUAGAGAAUAAAUCAUAAUGGAUAAAAA